CACCACCACAUCUCGCGCGCCGCCCUGCUCCUCGGCCGCCAUGUCGUUCCUCCAGGAGCUGCUGACGACGGGCCUGAUUCAGCUAUGCCUCGCGCUGGCCAUCGCCCUCGCGCUCCUCACCACGCCGCUGGCCUCGGAGCCGCAGGUGCGCCUGGCGCAGGGCACCGUGCGCGGCUUCGCCGACGGGCAGCUCGAGUACUUCCGCGGCAUCCGCUACGCCCUCACCACCGCCGGCAGCGACAGGUAUCGCCGCCCGCGUCCCAUCUGGGAGCACCUGGGCCACGUGUUUGAGAAGGAGAGCAUCCAGCUCAACCGCACCGACGCCAGCGGUGUGUUUGAUGCGUCGUUCUACAGCCCCAGCUGCCCGCAGUUCGUGCCGCCAGCGUUCAUGGGCGGCUACACGCCGCCGCUGCCCGAGGGCCGCGUGCAGGAGGCCGUGUCCGAGGACUGCCUCAGCGUCAGCGUGACGCGGCCCAAGGUCAUGUACGGCCCGCUGCCCGUGCUGGUCUACAUCUACGGCGGCGCCUGGCUGAUGGGAGCAGACUUCCCGCACGACCCCAAGCACCUCGUGUCGCGCUCCAUCGUGCGCGAUGAGCCCAUGAUUCUCGUGCAGCUCAACUACCGUGUCGCCAGCUUCGGCUUCAUGGCCGGCCCUGCGCUCGAGGAGGAGGCGCGCAAGGGCAACGCCGACCUCAACGUCGGCCUGCACGACCAGCGCACCGCGCUGCGAUGGGUGCAGCGGAACAUUGCCCGCUUUGGCGGUGACCCGAAGCGCGUGACCAUCAGCGGCGAGUCGGCGGGCGGCAUGUCAUCGACAUACCAGAUGUUCGCGUCCGACCGCACGGGCGAGAAGCUCUUCCACGGCGCUAUUCUGCAGUCUGGCGGUGGAAGCGUCGGCACCGUGCUGCCGAGCAACUUCCGCCAUCGCGAUCGCUACAACAUGUUCCUGGCCUCGACGCCCUGUGCACACAAGGUCGGCGCGAGCGAGCAGCUGGCCUGCCUGCGUGGCCUGCCGACACAGGCGGUGCAGGCUGCCAACACGCGUUCCAUCAUGUACCUGCUGGGCCUCAAGCAGGAGAAGAGCUGGCAGGCGCCGUUCUUCUUCCCAUGGACACCCGUCAUCGACGGCGACUUCAUCAGCGAGUCGCCGUACGAGCUCGUCAAGCAGGGCAAGUACGCCGACGUGCCUCUGCUCGUGGGAAACAUCCUGGACGAAGGCACGCUCUUCACGCCAACGGACCUGCACAACGAGACGGUGCUGCUGCCGUGGAUGCGCCGCUCCGUGCUUGCAGCGGAGGGCGUGGCGCUGGACGAGAAAGACCACGUCAUGCACAAGGUGCUCGCUGCAUACCCGGACGAUCACCGCGUGGGCAGCCCGUACGGGCGCGAGAACGCCGAGCGGCUGUACGGCGAGGAGAAUCAGUACCAUCGAGCGGCGUCGAUGCUCGGCGACAUGAUCUUCGUCGCGCCGACGCGCCACCUGCUCAACUCGCACGCCAAGCAUCACCGCAAGACUAAGACGUUCCCGAUCUGGAGCUGGAUCCUGGCCGAGGCCGGCCCGGGCGAUGACCCGGCUGUUGGCGUGCCGCAUGCGGCCGACCUGGACUACCUCUUCACUCCUCGCGCGACCUACCUCUUCUUCAAGCCGCCAGCUGAGUAUCGUCUGCCCGGCACGCGCUGGGAGGCCGUGGCGAACCAGAUGGCCGAUGCCUGGGUGCAUUUCGUUUCGCGCGGCAACCCGAAUGGAGCCGGCGUGCCCAAGUGGCCCUUCUACGCCCCCGUCGGCGCCGUCGGCCGCAUGCCGCAGGCGACGCUGACGUUCAAGCACAUGAACGCCGACCCGCCCGUCAGGCCGCUGACGGACCGGGCGGCCAACAUCAGCGUGCUGCUCGACGACGAGGAGGUGCGCGAGGUGCUGGCCUUCUAGAUCAGGGCCGCCGCGAGGGAAUAGACGAUGCUUAUUGCUGCUGUCCGAUGGCCGAGUCGGUGCUACAGCAGGCCGCUUGUGCUCGUCGCCGCCAG